AUGGAGGAAGCAUACCCCAGAAGCAGAAAGUUCAAUAGGGUAUGUGUGUUCUGCGGCAGCAACUCCGGCAACCGUCAAGUUUUCAGUGACGCCGCCAUUGAAUUAGCCGAUGAACUGGUUAAGAGGAAGAUAGAUUUGGUGUAUGGUGGAGGAAGUGUUGGACUGAUGGGGUUGAUAUCUCAGAAAAUGUAUAAUGGUGGCUGCAAUGUUCUAGGGGUUAUUCCAAAAGCUCUCAUGCCUCAUGAGAUAUCUGGCGAAACAGUUGGUGAAGUAAGAAUUGUUUCCGAUAUGCAUGAGCGGAAAGCUGCGAUGGCUCAAGAAGCUGAUGCUUUUAUUGCACUCCCUGGAGGAUACGGAACUAUGGAAGAGCUUCUGGAGAUGAUAACUUGGGCACAACUUGGAAUUCAUAAAAAACCGGUUGGCCUACUCAAUGUUGAUGGUUACUAUAACUUUUUGCUUGCACUAUUUGACAAUGGUGUUGAAGAAGGCUUCAUUAAGCCCUGUGCUCGGAAUAUAGUCGUCUCAGCUUCAUCCGCCAAAGAACUUAUGAUGGAGAUGGAGAGCUACUCUCCUUCCCAUGAGCAUGUAGCCCCUCAUGAGAGCUGGCAGAUGAAGCAAUUAGGUAAUUAUCCAGGACAAGAAAAUGCAGAAUGA